UAUACUUAUACCCUCAGAGCGAUGCCUCCUUAACAGCAUGAGGAGGAACUGCUGAAGAUCCCAGACCCAAAUGGAGAUACUCCCUCAAAGGAAGAACCUCAGUGUUCUCUUCUAGGCUGCUCUGGAUUAAUGUAGUUACAAAUAUUACACAUUUACACAAAUAACUUGAGCUCCCCCGAGUUCCCCACUUUGGCUGCCAUUUGAUUCCAAGUUCCUAGUGGUAAACUCAUAAACUUUACGAGCUGACCAAGAUCCAAGAUCAGCAGAAGUUUCCACAGAGUACUCCACAACACAAUGUGCCCCGGCUGGCCAGGAUGGCUAAUCCUUCACUUGCUCUCUUCACACUGGUGCUAACUUUUAGAGUCCUGGUUUCAAACGCAGAAGAUGAUGUCAGGAUUGAUGAUGUUGCAGCGGAUGUUGUUUCUGACUUUGUAACAUCGGCCGAAUUUGGCACCACACGCACGGUAUGCAAACCUCUGCCGAGCACCAUGGGCUUGUGCCACGGCAUCGGGUACGAGUCCAUGAGGCUGCCCAACCUCCUGGGUCACGACACCGUCAAGGAGGCGCAGCAGCAGGCAGGAGCAUGGGUACCACUGCUGACCAAGCGCUGCCACAGCGACACCAGGAAGUUCCUAUGUUCCCUCUUCGCACCCGCAUGCUUGGUGGAGCUCACGGUGGCGGUGCCACCAUGCCGAAGCCUCUGCGUGGCUGUGCGGGACGGCUGCCUGCCCGUGAUGAGCGCCUUUGGGUUCCCGUGGCCAGAAGCCUUUAACUGCAGCCGCUUUCCUCACAAAGAGGAGCUGUGCAUCCCUGGAGCUGAGGAUGCUGGACAUGUGGUCACUUCAGAAACGGACAAAGGUACUGUACUGUGUGAUGCAUGCAGCCUGGCUUCAGAAGCAGAAAGUGAGAUCCAGAAGAACUUCUGCAGUAGUCAGUUUGCAUUCAAGCUUCAGAUUGGCUCCUCUUCUCUGGAGGGGUCGGACCUGCGCGUGGUGCCUCAGGGGCGGAGUCGUGUCCUGAGGUGGGAGGGCAGUGAGCAGGAGCAACAGGCUGCGAUGGAGCAGAGCGCCCUCUGGCUGCCAGAAGCUGCAAACUGUUCCUGUCAGGCCCUGGAAGGGAAACCUGUGGGGUCCAUGCUGGCUCUGGGGAACAUGUAUAAGGGGCGUAUGGUUCUGGCCAGGCUGGUGAAGUGGUCUCGCGGUGAGAAAGAGCUGAAAAAGUUUAUUAGAAAAUUGACCAGACAAUCAUGCUAAUGAUUAAACUGUAUAACUGUAUAAUGCUACAGCUAAAACCACCUUUAUUGACUAAGUGGAAGAUUUUUAUUGUCCAGGCUGUUAUAAGCUGUGGGUUCAGAUUAAAGUUGCUAAAUGCUACGUUUAUUAGAAGGGGUGUCCACAAACAUGUGGACAUAUGGUGUAAAUCAUACAUUGAUUAUUUUUAAUUCAUUUUUUUUAAAGAUAUGUUCACAUUUUAUUUUUUUUAUUUUUUUUACCUGCUACAGACAUGUAUUUGUUUUAUUCAAUAAAAUGCUUUUGUAUA